AUGGGUUCUUACGGAAGCAAGUCUUCGUCGUCGACGGAACCCGAGGCGGCAACGACGUCGACGAUCACCGCGACGACGACAACAUCGGCGGCAACGACGUCGGCUGCGACGCCGUUGUCUUUGUUUUUUUCGGACCCGACUUUGCCAAUAGCGUGCCGCCAGGGUCCAACGACGUCGUCGUCGACGACCACCAUUACCACCACCUCGACGACACCGGCGGCUGCGACAAAGCCGGUGGUAAUGGUGUCCAAGCAAACGCAGUGGCAGAAAUCGCCGAAGUCGAAGAAGAUCCUGAGACCGUCGACAAUAAGCAGGACGUCGCAGCCGACGUCCAAGACUUGGGCCGCGUCGCCGCCUGCGAAGCCCGGAACCAUGGGAAGGCACACUCAGUGGGACAGUCCCACUGAGAAGCCACGAAAGAGGCCGCGCAGAACAAACAAGCGCAACGAAAAGGCGCCACCGACGACGAGGAGACCGACGAGGUACCGGUCAACGCCCGGUCAGGGCGACCAGCAGCAGCAGCAGCAGCAGCCGCCAUCGACGUCGUCGCAGGCGCCGCCUCCGUCAUCAUCAGGCGGAUCCCAACCGACGGCGUCCACUGCUCCGUCGUCGACCGCGAUAUAUUACGUUCCGAUGAUGCCACCUGCUGCUGCAGCUGCUGCGCCGCCGUCGGUGCAAUAUUAUGCCCCUCCCCCAUACUUACCCCCGACGCCACCAUCGGGGUACUUUUCGCCGGGCGCUACCGCGCCGCCGCCAAGUUACUUCCCGCCGGGCGCCGGAUACGCGCCGGGGACGGCGCCGCCGUAUUUCCAUCAUAUGCCGCCUUAUUGA